AUGCGUCGUGGCGAUGAUGAGGCUUCUUCAAUUGGGACACGAAUUAUUUUGCCUUCUUCCUUCACUAGUGGUAGACGUUAUAGGUUUAACCGUUGUCGGGAUGCUAUGGCAAUUUGUAAACAUUAUUUUGGCUAUCCAAAUUUAUUCCUCACUAUUACGUGUAAUCCAAAUUGGCUUGAAUUUCAGCGAUUCACAGAGCGAGAGCGAAUUCCCAUCGCUGAUUGUGUUGAUAUCUCUUGUCGUGUCUUUCAUACCAAGUUGAAGUGCCUCCUUAGUGAUCUCAAGGAAGGUGUGUUUUUUGGUCCAGUUAAUGCAGGUAUGUAUACUAUUGAGUUCCAAAAAAGAGGUCUACCGCAUGCACACAUGUUACUCUGGCUUAACGGGAAAAGCAACUUACAAAGUGUUGAAAUUGUUGAUGAAUUCAUCUGUGCCGAGCUACCCAAUCCCCAGAAAUUUCCAUCUAUUUAUAAUGUCGUCACCAAGUACAUGAUCCAUGGUCCCUACGGUCGACUUAGACUGAGUUCUCCUUGCAUGAAAGAUGGUAAGUGCUCAAAAUUUUAUCCGAAAAGAUUCGUUGACCAAACGAGCUUUGAUGAUGAUGGCUAUCCAAUAUAUAGACGUCGUAAUAUGGUUAUCACAGUGAAGAUCAAAAAUGUCGAUAUUGACAACAGAUUUGUUGUGCUUUAUAAUCCACUGUUGUUAAUGAAAUAUCAAGCUCACAUAAAUCUUGAGUUUUGUAACAAGUCAAACAUCAUUAAGUAUAUUUUUAAAUAUGUUAAUAAGGGUCUGGAUUGGGUGACUGCAACUGUUGGAGAAACAUAUGAUGUUGGUGAAUCUUCUCAGGUGGUUGAUGAGAUCAAACAGUAUUACGAUUGUCGUUAUUUGUCACCGUCUGAAUCCAUGUGGAGAAUUUUUACUUAUGAUAUUCAUCAAAGAUGGCCGUCGGUACAGAGGUUGACUUUUCACUUGCCGAACCAGCAACAUGUUAUAUUCGAUGAUGCUGAUAGCACUACUCAUAUUUAUUUGCGCAACAAAGAUUUGCUGACCAUGUUUACGGGUUGGAUGAUGGCCAACAGACGGUUCCCGGAGGGGCGGUCUCUAACAUAUGUUGAAUAUCCAGGCAAAUUUGUCUAUUGUUUGAAUAGCAAGGAGUGGAAGCCAAGACAGAGGGGAUUCUCAAUUGGAAGAUUGAGUUUUGCUCAUCCCUCAUCCGGUGAAAUUUUCUACAUGCGGAUGCUUUUGAAUGUGUAG